GGGGGGGGGAAAUGGAGAGGGAGCAACAUCGGGAAAUCAUUUGAUUGUGUAUCGAUUGAAUUUCGUUAGUUAUAUUUUCAGAAUAGCACAAGAGACAGCUCUUGGUAUUUGUGGCGUGCUUUUUAUAUAAAGGUGUAUGCAGUGAAACAGCGUUAUUAAUAUAUAGUUCUAUAUCCAUGAACAUCGACAAACUAGCCUAGCUUAGAGAUAAAACAGUAGUGAAUACAAACACUUUGGAGAUAGGACUGAUCUCAACAUGAGUUACGGAGUAACAGAAAUGUUGGCGUCUGCCGUCUGGACAUCUUUGUUUCUGAUGGUCAUUGCUUUGUUUGAAGUUGUAAGUGGCGGGAAAUGCUACAAAGAAGAAUCACUUGGUGAUGCAGAAGGGAAUGUCUACUUUUGCAAUGCUGCAGGCCUGACGCGAUGCUGUACAGAGAACAGCGAGAGGACAUGCUGUGUGGAAAUAGCAGAAAAAAAUAUGAAGGAGCAGCUACAAUUGUGGGGCAUCGUUGCUGGCAUGAUUAUCUUGAUUGCAAUCUUAUUCAUCUGCUGCAAGAAUGACAUAAGCUUCUGCAACAGUGAUCUCACACUCAAGGAGAGGUGCUAUAGAUGCAGGAACAGAGGUAAAAACAAGAAAGCCCACACACUAGAAAAUGAAAAACCUGGCCAGUACUAUGACAACCCAGCCGGAGAUUUUGGCGACGGCCCCAGCAACAAUUACUACGAAAAAGAUCCGUACAAAUUUCCACCCCUGCCUCCCAUCGAGGAACUGAAAGGCAACAAAAUGUAUUCUAAUCAGUCUUAUGCCUAGUACGCGGGCGAUAAGGUUCCUUUCAUUUGAAAUCAUACAAAAAAAACAUUGGUAGCCUACUUGAAGGAGAAAAUUAUGAAUUCUGUAUUUAUUGAUUUAAUCAGGAAGUUUAUUAGUAAUCACGAGAAAACCUCAGGAAAUAAAAUGUGGACAACUUUGAGCCCACGAGAAAAAACUCAGGGGAGAAAACAAAAAUGUUCAAAUACCAAUAUGGUUUAUUUUUAAAACAAAAAUUGGUGAAAUAUUACCAACAGAUCAAAAGGGUACUUUGAAAAGUUGAUAGAGCAGAACAGUAGGCCUUAGCAUUUCUCUUUAAUGAUCUAUUAUGGGCUUAAAAAGUGUACUGGUGCACUAGUGACUUAGAUAUAUCCAACCAUCGAGUAUGUCGUCUGAUUAAAAGUGUUGUCAUUGAUUAGAAUUAUCACUCAGUGUAUUUACAGACAAGGCUGUGUGUGCUAGCACAUGGCUUCAAAGAUUGUAAUGUACGUAUUGCAUUGAUUGGUAUUUGUCACAUAGUAAUUCUUUUUCUUGUAUUGUACAUUUAGUGCUGAUUGGUCUUGACCUUUUGUAUCAUUUGGAAUCAUUUUCCAUUAAAAGACAAGUCUAAGUACAGCUUUAAAGUCAAGACUUAAUAUCUCAUCCAAAUGGAGUUUGUUACAUACAUAGUAUCUAAUACACAUUGUUAAUGCAAUUGUUUUGUCACCAAGGGAUUGUGUAGUUAUUCUAAAGCUAAAACAAGAACCCUGGAAUAGAAUUAUUUUUUUUCUUAAGGAUGACCUUUUUUUUUUGAAAUUAGAUGUUUGACAGUCAAAUUGGAAUGGUGAACUGCCUGGUUUUCUGGUAUGUGCUUUGGACUGUCACCAUGAUGGUCCAGAGUUUGAAGCUUGUUCACUUCCAUCCCUUGCUAUCCUAAAAUGUGAAAAUCUUUAUUUCAGACAGAAUGUCCAAUUUAUAAAACAAAACAAUGAUCUUUUUAUUAUCUAGAUAUUACUGAAAAAAAUUGUGUUUUUUUUUUAAAUACAUUGUUAUACUAAAUUUAUA